AUGCCGCUUCUCGAUUGUGAGGACCGCGUAUUUGCUGUGUUGGUUGGGCGUCCGAAAUCAGAGGAUUGGUCAGAGGUGCAGAGGGAUAUACAGACGGCUCUGGAUGGGGCGCGUGAAGGGUUGAGAGGCUCGGGAUCGAAUGAACCGCCUACGCACCGCCGGGGGGUUUUCACGCCAUUGGCAAGUGGGAUUUCCUAUGGCGGCGGACAAAAGGUGCCAUGCAACGGCUCCAUCUCGAAAGAAACUCAGAGGAUCAUCGAUGGACUUCUCUCUAACCGUUCGAUUCAACGGGUUGCCGGCUUUGGGGAUGCUGCAUUCAAAACCUAUGCCCCUCGAUUGCACCAGUACUAUGAGGAGACCUUGUCCGCGCUGCUGGAAAAAGACUCGCGCCUGCGUCCCAACUUCCGGAACUCGGUCUUCGGCAGUAUCACGUUCAACCUCGGGCCCCAAACAGUCACCUGCCGACACACUGAUUUUCAGAACCUCCCUGCCGGCUGGUGCGCCAUCACUGCUAUCGGAGACUUCGACCCCGUUGAGGGCGGGCACAUUAUUCUCUGGGAAGCUCAGCUAGUCAUCGAAUUUCCUCCUGGGUCCACUAUCCUCAUACCCUCCGCCGUCAUUCACCACUCCAACACCACUAUUCGGCCCCACGAAUCACGCUACUCCAUUACGCAGUAUUCCGCUGGGGGCUUAUUCCGUUGGGUGGAGUGCGGCUUCAUGUAA